GUCGCCGGGGCGGGGGAGGGAGGCCGUUGUCGGGGCGACGCGUGUACACAAAGAAGCUACGAGCUUCUGAGGCAAGUCGUUGGACCAACUGCGGGCUGGGGUCCCCGGGACCCGCGGGCUGGUGCAGGGCGGAGAGCGGCUAUAGGCGCCAUGAGCCAGAGGCAGGUGCUGCAAGGGCUGGAGGAGUACCAGAAAGCCAGGCUGCAGUUCGUGCAGAAGGUGGCGGAGCAGGCGACCAGGCCCCAGAACAUCGAGACGCUGCAGAACGCGGGUGUAAUAUCUUUGCUGAGGCCUCUUCUUCUCGAUGUGGUCCCAACAAUUCAACAGACUGCUGCUUUGGCUCUUGGGAGACUGGCCAAUUACAGCGAUGACUUAGCAGAAGCAGUUGUAAAGGGGGACAUCCUUCCACAACUUGUUUAUUCAUUGGCAGAGCAGAAUCGUUUCUACAAGAAAGCCGCUGCCUUUGUGUUGAGAGCGGUUGGUAAACAUUCUCCCCAGCGAGCUCAGGCCAUAGUGGACUGCGGAGCACUGGAUGCACUGGUGAUUUGCUUGGAAGACUUUGACCCUGGAGUGAAGGAGGCUGCAACCUGGGCCCUUGGAUGUAUUUCCAGACAUAAUGCAGAACUGUCACAAGCUGUGGUGGAUGCGGGAGCUGUUCCUCUCUUAGUACUCUGUAUCCAGGAGCCAGAAAUUGCUUUGAAAAGGAUUUCGGCCUCGGCACUCAGUGAAAUUUCAAAGCAUUCUCCAGAGUUAGCACAGACAGUAGUGGAUGCAGGAGCUAUUGCUCACUUAGCCCAGAUGAUCCUCAACCCGGAUGCUAAAUUGAAGCAACAGGUCCUUUCAGCUCUCGGUCAGAUUGCAAAACAUUCUGUGGAUUUGGCAGAAAUGGUUGUUGAAGCCGAGAUUUUUCCAGUUGUACUUACCUGUCUGAAGGACAAAGAUGAAUACGUGAAGAAAAAUGCUUGCACUUUAAUUAGAGAGAUUGCAAAACAUACACCUGAGCUUUCACAGCUGAUUGUGAACACAGGAGGGGUGGCCGCGGUGACUGACUGCAUUGGGACCUGCAAAGGGAACACGCGGCUGCCUGGCAUCAUGAUGCUCGGUUAUGUGGCCGCUCAUUCCGAGAACCUGGCCAUGGCAGUGAUCAUUUCCAAGGGUGUACCCCAGCUGUCAAUCUGCCUGUCAGAAGAACCAGAGGAUCAUAUUAAGGCAGCUGCUGCUUGGGCCUUAGGGCAGAUUGGGCGACACACUUCUGAACAUGCACGGGCUGUUGCCGUCACAAAUGUUUUGCCUGUUCUGCUUUCUUUGUACAUGUCAACAGAAAGUUCUGAAGAUCUGCAAAUGAAAUGUAAAAAAGCCAUAAAGAGCAUCCUACAAAAAUGCACCUACUUGCCAGCCCUGGAGCCAUUUCUGUAUGACGCACCUCCAAAUAUUCUGAAGCACGUGCUUGGACAGUUCAGCAAGGUGCUGCCACAUGACAGUGAAGCUCGUCGACUUUUUGUAACAAGUGGUGGACUUAGAAAAGUUCAAGAGAUCCAAGCAGAACCUGGUUCUCUCCUUCAGGAAUACAUCAACAGUAUUAACAACUGUUACCCAGAGGAAGUAGUACGGUACUACUCUCCUGGAUAUUCAGACACACUUCUGCAGAGAGUGGACAGCUAUCAGCCAAUUACUGAUUAAAUGUCAUCAUAUUUUUAUACUCAAAUUCAUGGCCACAUUUCAUGAAUAAUAAUUGUUAAAAUUCUUUCUAAAUAUUUGAACUAAAUACAUUCUAGACUUAAUGUAAAAUACCUUUAGAUAAUAUUUUCAUAGUUUAUAGUUUAAAAAUUAGUAUCUUGAAUACAUGAGGAACUAUUGAUAAUCAUUUACAUAUAUUGGAUUUGUUCACAAGGUAAUUUGUAAAUAGACAAUAAAAGAUUUUUAAGACUUUUUUUUUACUAAAAAUCACAGAGAGACAGAGAGAGAAAGAGAGGCCUCCAACUAGAUAAAUAGGUGAAAGAUAGUGUUCAAAGCCUUUAUUUUGGCCAAUUCCAAAGAUAAACUAUAGCUAAAGGCCAGGCACAUGGCCUUGCAGAGUACACGGGAGGAUGCAGAAAGGACAUAGCUCCAGGAGGACAGGAACACAGGGCCCUUCAAAGGGGCACUGAUGCUGGGUACAUAAAUGCACUGACCUGGUACAUAGAAUCAGUCUACUGUCAGGUUGUCCUAAGAAUUUAGAAGGUGCUCCUCGUUUUCACAAGUUUUUGAAGUUCUCUUUUCAUCUUGCCUAAGAUGUUCUCCACCUUUCUUGGGGCUGCAGAGAGUAGAAGUCAUUACGAGGCAUUCUGCACUUGUAUGCACGCUCUCUGACCUCAUGGAAAGGUUUCUUAUUGAUCAUGAAUAAACAGGGAAGCUGGCAUGUAAGGUGAGUCCUCGUGUUCCCUUUUCCUGGCCUGUUCAUGCUCCCACAUCUCAAAAGUCACAUUUUUGGGGGUCAAAGGAAUAAUUUGAAAAAAAAAAUACAAUGAAAUUCAGACUUUAUACUUACUGUAUUUUCACCUAGAAAGGUAUAAUGGGAGAUUUCAAUAAAAUUUUAAAUAAAAAUAA